UUUCUUAAACCCGCCUCCUUUUUCAGGAAGUGAUGGUUUUGGACGGCUAUUAAAAAUGCUUCCUCGGCUUUGGGCAAAGUAAGAGAAUUUCCUAUAUUCAGAAUCUCCAGGUCCACUUUGAACAAAGCACCAGUCAGCUGUCAUGGAGACUUCACUGCCCGUCUUCCUUCUUGCCCUAUUUAUUAUCGGAGGAUUAUCUCUGGAAUGUGAAGAAUGCAUAGGAAUAGAGCAUUGUUUUGGGAAUAAGUUGCCAUGUGGUUUGGGGAAAGAUAAAUGCAGUGUUACUAAUAUGGCCCUCCCAAUAGGACUAUCCGUGACUAUAAAAUCCUGCGUCUCAUCUGACGUCUGUGACAAAGGUGUUCAAGUCAUUAAUCUGGGACAGAGAAAACAUGUUGUUGCCCACUUGAGAUGCUGUGAAGGAGAUGGGUGUAGUGACGUCCCUCCAAGUAUACCAGAAUUGCCCGAGACGGCCGCAGCAAAUGGGAAGCGGUGCCCAGCAUGCUUUGCAAUUCAUGGAACGUGUGAUGAAAAAGAAAUUGAUUGCAGUGGAGAUGAGCUGUAUUGUGCUGGAGGACUAAUAGUUUCAUCUGAUCUGGAGGUCGGUUUGAAAGGAUGUGCAAACAAAGCUCUCUGUGAUAGUUUGGUUGCAUAUGAAGCCAUGGCUCCUGAGAACAGUGGACAUCACGCUAUCCAAUGCACAUCAAACUCUUCAAUUCACCAGGAGGAGUUCUCAAACUUGACUAGAAUUCAAAUGUCCUCUGGGGUGGUUAAUACCAAUCCCAGUUGGUUUGGACUCUUCAUCACAAUUUUUUCUGGCUUGAUUUUUUUCCAAGUGUAAAGAUGUCAUUGUUAGGAGAAAAGCCAAGCUGGUCUAUGGUAUUUCAAAAUCUGGAAUCUGGUGACACUUUUUCAGCGAAGAAAGUUUAUUAAAAGCAAUAGUUUUUGUGAGCUGUA